AAGGAUUUUGGAGUCUCUGGCCAGGAGGGAUUUUAUAGUACUAUACACAGGAGAGCUCUUACCCUUCCCUUUAUAGUUAUGACAGACCUAUUCAGGUAACGUCGGUUAUUCGAGCCCCAUCGUUUUUGCUUAACCCAGAAGGUUAGUGCUGAAACUUCCAACCCGGCACCAUGAGUUUUGCCAAGCUCUUAGACCACGUCGGGGGGAUAGGUCGCUUCCAAAUCAUCUAUGCUAUCUUACUGGAUAUCCCAGUUUUCAUGCUGGCCAGCCAUAACCUCCUGCAGAACUUCACUGCUGCCACCUCUGAGCACCACUGCCAGGUCCAUAUCAACAUCAACAACACUCCUUACACCAACCUCACCGGAAAGCUCGCUGCCAAGAACCUCCUCAGGGUCUCCGUCCCCAUGGACAGCAACCAGCAGCCAGAGAAGUGUCACCGCUUUGUCACCACGCAGUGGCAGCUCCUAGACUCCAACGCCACAGUCACAAACCUAACCGAGCUGGAGACUGAACCCUGCGCAGAUGGGUGGGUGUAUGACAAGAGCAUUUUCACCAGCACCAUCAUUACAGAGUGGGACCUGGUGUGUGACUCCCGGCAGCUGAAGCAAAUGGCUCAGUCCAUCUACAUGGCUGGGGUCCUGGCGGGAGGCAUCAUCUUUGGAGGUCUGUCAGACAGGUUUGGCCGCAGGUCUCUCUUGAUCUGGUGCUACUUGCAGAUGGCUGUCACGAGCACCUGCACUGCCUUCUCGCCCAGCUUCACUGCCUACUGCAUCUUCCGUUUCCUGACCGGAAUGGCCUUCUCGGGCAUUGCGAUGAACGGUGUCUCUCUGUGUAAGUGUGUCUGGCGCCUGCCAUCCCAGACACAAGAUGAGCUGGUUACUGGGGAUGGACAGAAGUGCCUUGUUCCUGCUGCUGAUAAAUUACUCUGUGGUGGGAGCACAGAGACCAGAAGCACACACCGCAUGGGUGGGAUGUCCAAGAUCUCAGCACCAAAAAUCGGGAGGUUCUCCACCAGCUUUGCCUAUUAUGGGUUGGCCAUGCACCUGCAGAAUUUCAGUGUCAAUAUCUUCUUGAUCCAGCUGGUCUUUGGAGCUGUUGAUUUCCCAGCGAAGUUCAUCUCAGUCUUCACAAUCGGCUUCAUCGGGCGCCGGUUCACACAGGCCUUGACCCUCAUCCUGGCUGGACUCUCUAUCCUAGCCAACAUCUUUGUUCCACAAGAUCUGAAGACCCUGCGCACCGUUCUGGCUGUCGUUGGAAAAGGCUGUCUUGCAGCCUCCUUUAACUGUGUCUACCUCUACACGAGUGAGCUGUGCCCCACAGUGAUUAGAGACUUUUGUCAUGACCAAAGGGCUGAUCCCACCUUCAGUCACGCUUACAAGCAACUAGCCAUGGUCGAUGGGGCUGUAAUUGACCUGCACCGGGUGAAGCAGUGGCCACACUUGGAACUACGACAGGAUCGGCUCUAUCGGGUCGAACGGGACCCGCGCACUGGAGAACCCCAGAGCCAACUACUUGUGCCUCAAUGUCACCGGCGGGCAGUAAUGAAACUUGCUCAUGACAUCCCUGCUGCCGAGAAGACUCUCACCCGGACACUGACACGUUUCUUCUGGCCCGGCAUGCAUCAGGAAGUAAGGAACUAUUGUAACUCCUGCCCAGAGUGCCAGUUAGCCGCACCCCCGUGGACACCCAAGGCCCCGUUGGUCCCCAUGCCCAUGGUAGAAAUGCCCUUCGAAUGCGUGGCCAUGGAGCUGGUGGGGCCCCUCCCGAAAAGCACCGCGGGAUUUCAGUAUGUGUUGGUCCUAGUAGAUUAUGCUACCCAUUUCCCUCAGGUGGUACCACUGCAGAGCAUUACCGCCCAAACCAUUGCGGGUGAGCUUGUAAAAGUCUUUGCUCGGGUGUUCCUCGACCCGAUGUGCGAAAACUGGGAACAAGCUCCAUCACCAACCCAGGGCCUCUUGAAUGAGUCCAAGCUACUGGCCCACUGGCAGGGCCCCUACGAGGUCAACCAACUGGACCGACGUAAGAAAACCCAGUGGUACCAUGUCCACCUCCUGAAGCCCUGGCGGGAGCGCGAGGGCUUAUUAAUUAACCCUUACCCGCUGGAGCCAGAACUGGGCCCCUAUGCCGCCCUAACCCAAGACUCUGAGGGGCCCCAGCUCGCAGAGACCCUCACGGAUGAACAACACAAGCAAGUCCGGUGCCUCCUGCAGGCGUUCCCGCGAACCUUCACCAGCCAGCCGGGUUACACAACCCUGGUUUAUCAUACCAUUCAGACAGAACAUGGGGUAGUGAUCCGAGACACGACCAGGCCCUUGCCGCACCGCAUGCGGCAGAUCGUCGAGGAAGAGUGGCUGAUGGACCGUGUCCUCCAACCCCAUCGAGACUAUGCAGCUGCCUACCUGGACGAUGUGGUCAUCUACAGCCGCCACUGGGAGCAUGAUUUGAAAUCAAUGGGGAAGACCAUCCGGUCUCAUAACAGCCGGAAAUUGUUUCCGCGCAAGAAGAACUACGCGGUGGUGGAGAAGGAGGCCCUUGCAGUGUGGUUCGCAGAAUCUGCCCACUGGCUGGUUCUGGCAGGUAAAGCUGACAGAGCAGUGAAGGUGCUCCAAAGGGUCGCCAGAGUGAAUGGGAAAUGGGAAGAAGGGGAGAAGAUUACCACAGAGAUUCUAAAAUCCCAAAUGCAGAAGGAACUGUCAACAGUGAAGUCCUCCUACACGAUCUCGGACCUGGUACGAACGCCCGCCAUACGCCGGAUAUUCUGCUGCCUCUCAAUUGUGUGAUUCUCUACCAAUUUCUCCUAUUACAGGUGGGCCAUGGACCUGCAGAACUUUGGCGUCAGUAUCUACCUGAUCCAGUUGAUUUUUGGAGCGGUCGACUUCCCAGCCAAAGUGGUGGUCACCAUCUCCAUGUCCUACAUUGGGUGCAGGGUCACGCUCUUAUUUAGCAUCAACAAUGCAGAGAAACGUGGAAAACGUCAAGUUCUCAUUAGACCGUGCUCUAAAGUAAUCGUGCGGUUUUUAACUGUGAUGAUGAAGCAUGGUUACAUUGGUGAAUUUGAGAUCAUUGACGAUCACAGAGCUGGGAAAAUUGUACUUAAUUCUUUGUAG